AUGCAAGGCCCUCCUGGUCUGCCUCCUCCGGCCCCAUUCUACCCCGGCGGAUACCCUCCUCCGCCGGGCUGGCCUGGUUACCCUAUGCCAUUUGUUCCGGUGCAAGGGUACGGAGCUCCACCUGGUGCGUAUCCUCAACCCGGAGGAUACCCUCCGGCCGGGUAUCCACAACAACAUGGCCAUGCGCAGCCCGCUGGCUAUGCCGUCCAUGAUAAAUCGAAGAAGAAGUCUUCAAAGAAAGGAAAAAAAGGUAAGGGUGGUGGCUUCGGCUCAUUCCUCGCCGGUGCCGCUAGCGGUGCAGUUACGGUACUUGGAGCUGUAUUGGCUGAAGAUGAAGAACAGUCUUCUGGCAAGUUCAAAUGGAAGUGA